AGUUUUUAUAUAUAUAUUUAUACAUAAAAAAAGCAGAGCCAAUCCUUUUUCUUUGUGUUUGUUUUUUUUUUAUUGCAGCCAAUCCCUUUUUUUGCUUUUAGACUCCAUUUUUUGGUUCGCGCCACACAUUUUAUUGGUCCAAGCUCAUGACAGAUACAACUUCACAGCCACAUCAUUUACUUCAUCCUCAUGAAGUUUACUCUAACCCGUCCACUACCGCUUAUCAAUCAGCUCCCGCUGUAGAUAUCGGACAACAACACCCUGUUGACCCCAGACAACAACAUCAUUUGUAUCAACAACAACCACCACCAUCAUCAUCAUCAUCAUCACAGCAACAACAAUCACAACCUCAACAAAGUGCAUAUCCUAUGCAACCAAUUGUUCACUCUCCUCCUCCUCCUCAUCAUCAACAACUAGGUUACCGUCCUAUGGAACAACAUACGGGUCCCGCUCCUCCUCCCUCUUCACAACAACCAUCUUCUUCUGACCAAGCUCCAAGCGAAGAACCAUUGUACGUCAAUGCCAAACAGUACCAUCGUAUCUUGAAACGUAGAGCUGCCAGAGCAAAGCUGGAAGAACUGAAUAAACUCUCCAAGGCAAGAAAGCCUUAUCUUCAUGAAAGUAGACACAAGCAUGCCAUGAGAAGACCACGUGGUCCAGGUGGAAGAUUUCUAACUGCUAAAGAAGUGGAAGAAUUAGAAAGAACAGGAAAGAUGCCUGGUCAACAGACGGACGAAGAAAAAUUAUCUGUACAUACGAAAGAACAAACUGACGAAAAGAUUUCAUUACCACCACCACAACAACAACAACAAUGGCCCAAUGCACCUGAAUUAAACAGCUAUCAUGGUGGAUACGAACAUUAAAAAAAGGGAUUUUUAAAUGAUGUAUAUAUAUAUAAAAAAAAAACCUCUUCUUCUUGCAUAAUUAAUAUUAAAAAAAAAAAAGACACAUAACAAUUUUACUUC